GCCACUGCCACUGCCACAGCCCUCGAACGGUCCAACCGCCCUCGUUAUCGGGUCUCCUUUCGCUUCCUCUCUCUCUCUCUCUCUCUCUCUCUCUCAGCAGCAGAGACCUUCACAGUUAGAAAAGAACACUACAAAAGGAGAAAGAGACACUCUGAAGAGCUGCUGCAAAACCCUAGAACGGUCCUUGCUUCACUCUUCGCAUAUCCAAGUCUCCGAUUCCGCCGAAGGAUCGGUUUUGCGUUUGUUUCAAGCAGAAAUAUGGUUUCUGACGCCAGUAAGAAGAAGGCCGCGGCUAAGAAGGCUGCUGCGGCUGCCAAGAGAGGAGGGAAGGCUGCUGCCGCGGCAGCUGCUUCCUCUAAGUCUGCCGGAACCGCGAUCGGAGUGCAGAAUGGAGGCAGCGUUGAUAAGUUAGCCAACGGGGUUGGUUCUCUCCGGAUAUCGGAUCGGACGUGCACCGGCGUUCUGUGUUCUCAUCCUCUUUCUAGAGAUAUCCAUAUAGAGUCUUUAUCGGUUACUUUCCAUGGUCAUGAUCUGAUAGUGGAUUCUGAACUGGAGCUCAACUAUGGAAGGCGCUAUGGCUUACUCGGAUUGAAUGGCUGUGGGAAGUCUACCCUCCUUACAGCAAUAGGGUGCAGAGAACUUCCUAUUCCAGAGCACAUGGAUAUCUAUCACCUCACCAGGGAGAUUGAAGCUUCUGACAUGUCUGCGCUUGGGGCGGUUAUAAGCUGUGAUGAGGAGAGGCUGAGAUUGGAGAAAGAAGCUGAAGCCCUGGCAGCAGAGGAUGGUGGUGGUGGAGAUACCCUGGAACGCAUUUAUGAGCGUUUGGAAGCAUUGGAUGCAUCAACUGCUGAGAAGCGUGCUGCAGAGAUCUUAUACGGUCUUGGUUUCAACAAAAAGAUGCAAGCAAAGAAAACUCGGGAUUUCUCUGGUGGUUGGAGAAUGAGGAUUGCAUUAGCAAGGGCCUUGUUCAUGAACCCAACAAUCCUUUUACUUGAUGAACCAACAAACCAUCUUGAUCUAGAAGCCUGUGUCUGGUUGGAGGAGACACUGAAGAAAUUUGACCGCAUCCUAGUUGUGGUGUCACACUCUCAGGAUUUCUUGAAUGGUGUCUGCACAAACAUUAUCCACAUGCAGAACAAGAAGCUGAAGCUCUACACUGGUAACUACGAUCAGUAUGUUCAAACUCGUGCAGAACUUGAAGAGAACCAGAUGAAACAAUACAAGUGGGAGCAGGAACAGAUUGCAUCAAUGAAAGAGUACAUUGCCCGGUUUGGACAUGGUUCUGCAAAACUGGCACGCCAGGCACAGAGCAAGGAGAAGACACUGGCAAAGAUGGAGAGGGGUGGUCUAACAGAGAAGGUGGUGAGGGACAAGGUCUUGGUUUUCCGUUUUACAGAUGUGGGGAAGCUUCCACCACCAGUACUCCAAUUUGUGGAGGUUACCUUUGGGUACACACCUGAGAAUCUUAUCUACAAGAACCUUGACUUUGGGGUGGACCUAGACUCAAGGAUAGCACUGGUGGGUCCUAAUGGGGCUGGGAAGAGCACACUGUUGAAGCUGAUGACAGGAGAUCUGGUUCCUCUUGAUGGAAUGGUCCGACGUCACAACCACCUUAGGAUUGCACAGUUUCAUCAGCACUUGACUGAGAAGCUUGAUUUGGAGAUGUCUGCACUGCAGUUUAUGAUGAAAGAGUACCCUGGAAAUGAGGAGGAGAGGAUGAGAGCAGCAAUUGGGAAGUUUGGAUUGACGGGCAAAGCGCAGGUGAUGCCAAUGAAGAACCUCUCCGAUGGCCAAAGGAGCCGGGUGAUAUUUGCAUGGUUGGCAUGGAGGCAACCACACAUGCUAUUGUUGGAUGAGCCUACAAACCAUCUGGACAUAGAGACGAUUGACUCUCUGGCAGAGGCACUCAACGAGUGGGAUGGAGGAUUGGUUCUUGUGAGCCAUGAUUUCAGGCUCAUCAACCAGGUGGCUGAAGAGAUAUGGGUAUGUGAAAAUCAGACUGUGACCCGAUGGGAGGGUGACAUUAUGGAUUUCAAGCAGCACCUAAAGAGCAAGGCUGGAUUGUCCGAUUGAGAGGGGAAGAGUAGGGAGGACAGUUAGUGGGUAUCCAUUUCAUCUUAUGUAUCUAUGUACGGCUUUAUAAAUAUAACUGCAUGCUAUUAAUUUAAGUGGAUGGCGGGGCAAUAAAUUGAGGCGAGGGGUAUUGGUGUUGGUGUGUAGCUGACAGGUCCAAUUUUCUCUGCUGUAUUAGUAGAAGGUUUCAAUAUGCACCAUCAGUAUUUAGGUGGCUGGAAGAGAGAUGUAUAACAUUAACAUUGUCUUUAAAAGAUACAAGUAAAAUGUCAAUGGGUACUUUGUUUUAUCAUGUUUUAUUCCAUUUGAUUUUCAGUUAAUACUAAAGCGACGAGAUAUCUGAGAUUU